AGCUGCUCAGUGCGCUUUAGUGGGACUCGACGCGGAGCUUCAUUUUCUGUUUGUACACGCUGAGCCAGCGCUUUAUUUCAAAUGAAGCGUCCUCUCAUUCCGCUAAUAAGUUUUUAUACGUGAUAUAACAGCUGUCUUCGCCAUGAGCUGCUUGGAUGUCAUGUAUCAAGUUUAUGGUCCACCUCAACCUUAUUUUGCCGCAGCAUACACACCAUAUCACCAUCAGAAAUUGGCAUUUUACUCCAAAAUGCAAGAAUCCUCAGAAACACUGAGCGGAAGCAGCUCUUCUUUUUCCAACCUCUCCGGGCCACCCAUAAAAGAGGAGGGCUGCGCCCGGGAGAAAGAUCACCCGCUGGAGGCUGAGUACAUCAGCUCCAGAUGUGUGCUAUUCACUUAUUUCCAAGGGGACAUCAGUUCGGUGGUAGAUGAACAUUUCAGUCGGGCUUUGAGUCAGUCCAGUAGUUGUGCAACUGGAUCCACCAACAGCAAGACCGCAAGAGGUACAUCAUCCUGGAGAGACGGAUCAUUCCCUAUGAGCCAGAGAAGCUUCCCUCCCUCGUUCUGGAACAGCGCGUAUCAGCCGUCAGUGACAGCAUCUCUCAGCAGCGCCCUGGGUUCCUCCCACACAGAUCUUCCCUUCCCGGCGGACCCAUACUCCACCGCGUCUCUACACAGCCACCUUCACCAAGCCACCCCAGAGCCCUGGCACCCCUCUCACCACCAUCACCCUUACUCGCUCAGCGGAGCCAUCGGCACCCAGGGGUCGGCUUACCCCCGGCCCUCCAUGCACGACAUGUACGGAACGCACUUUGACCCCCGUUACAGCUCUCUACUCGUGCCCUCGGUGCGGCCACAUAGACUUCCUCCAGCCACGGUUCCCGCACCUGGAGCCUCGCCGUGCGAUAUCAGCAAGAGCGAGUCGGGCAGCUCGGCGUGGACUGGAGCUUUCACAGCAGCGAGCUCUGAUAUGAGCCUGAACAUGGAUACAGCUCGGCGCUACACCCUCUGCGGCGGGACCAUCCUAAGCUGAACCCUUCGGAUGAAUGCAAAACUCUCUCUCUCUCGAUUGAGAAAAGACAGUAAAGAGAAGCAAACAUACUGUAGUGGUGUGACUAGCAGCUGCUCUCGCCCCUUCCCUCCCCUGACCCUCAGCAAAACGGACCCAAAAUGAGCUUUGAAAAAGGACAAACGUUACUUUAAGGGGACAUUUGAGAGCCGAAUGGACCGGCUAUAUGAAAAGACCAGAAAUGAGAGUUUCUGACGCGAGAGCUGCAUUCCCUAUCAUCGCUGAAGACAGAGAGCGGCUAUUUGAAGCCACUUGACUCUAUCUAUAUUGCUUUCAGCACCUGUCACCGACAACUGUUGUGGAACUUAGCAGACGCACACACAACGGCACUGUGCGCCAUUUGACCGAGCGAGCACCCUGGAUUUCAUUAAACAGGCGUUUUGUUGUAUCUGGACACACGGCGAAAGGGAACAACUGGUUUGGCUUUUCAUUUUUUUGUGAGGAGUGGUGUGGGUUCAACUGGAAGUAGAUACAAACACCAUUAAGCUGUACUGUAUAUACUUUAUGUGUCUUAGUGUGUCCAGUGCUACAAGUAGGAGCAACCAGCAUGACAGAAAUAUCGAUUCUUUCAUUUGUACAUUUUUAACAACCACUUUCAGUCACCGUCAGCCUAGGGUGACGUCUCACCAUGAUGUAUUUGAAUGUAUGUAAUAUAUUACCUUUGAAAGUAUUUUUCCAGUGCAUUGAGAAGUAGGUGUUGUCUGUUUUUACCAGCUGUCUAUCUUCAUC